AUGAGAGAGCGAUGGGACUCCUCGUAUGGGUUUUUGGUGUGCGUCUUUUUGAUGGUCGCGGUGUGGCAGGCACGGUCUGAGGCAGAUGUGUCGGCAACAGACGCAUUUAAAAACAACAUCACACUUUUCACUCGGAUUCUGGAUCGGCUCCUGGAUGGAUAUGACAAUCGACUUCGUCCAGGCCUGGGAGACCGAGUGACUGAGGUGAAAACAGAUAUCUACGUCACCAGUUUUGGACCCGUGUCGGAUACAGACAUGGAGUACACUGUGGACGUGUUUUUCCGUCAGAGUUGGAAGGACGAGCGUCUGAAGUUCCAUGGGCCCAUGAACAUCCUGAGGCUGAACAACCUGAUGGCCAGUAAGAUCUGGACCCCGGACACCUUCUUCCACAACGGCAAGAAGUCUGUCGCUCACAACAUGACCAUGCCCAACAAACUGCUGCGCAUUAGAGAGGACGGCACACUGCUCUACACUAUGAGGUUGACGGUACAGGCUGAGUGUCCGAUGCAUCUGGAGGACUUCCCUAUGGACUCUCACUCAUGCCCACUCAAAUUUGGCAGCUAUGCGUACACUUUGACUGAGGUAACGUAUAUUUGGACUCGGAACGCGACGUUGUCAGUGGAAGUGGCCCCAGACGGAUCCAGAUUAAACCAGUAUGAUCUAAUGGGUCAAACCGUCGGUAAGGAGACCAUCAAGUCCAGCACUGGCGAGUACACUGUGAUGACAGCCCAUUUCCAUCUGAAGAGGAAGAUUGGUUAUUUUGUGAUCCAAACGUACCUGCCUUGUAUAAUGACUGUCAUCCUGUCCCAGGUCUCUUUCUGGCUAAACCGAGAGUCUGUCCCUGCCCGCACUGUCUUUGGCGUAACGACUGUGCUCACCAUGACGACGUUGAGUAUCAGCGCCCGUAAUUCGCUGCCGAAGGUGGCCUACGCCACGGCCAUGGACUGGUUCAUCGCCGUUUGUUACGCCUUCGUUUUCUCCGCCCUCAUCGAAUUCGCCACCGUCAACUACUUCACCAAACGCGGAUGGGCGUGGGACGGGAAAAGCGUCGUUAGCGAAAAGAAAAAAGAAGCUUCCAUCAUGAAAAAGAACAAUGCUUAUGCAGUUGCCGUGGCAAACUACGCACCGAACAUCACCAAGGAUACGGCCCUGCCGACAGUGUCUAAAAGUGCAACUACAGAGCCCAGUAAAGCUCAGCCCGCGGCCAAAGAGAACAAGAAGACCUUCAACAGCGUGAGCAAAAUCGACCGCAUGUCACGAAUCAUCUUCCCUGUUCUCUUUGGCAGUUUCAACCUAGUUUACUGGGCCACAUAUCUUAACAGAGAACCUGUUAUCAAAGACAUGGUACCCUCCAACUAA